AGUGUUGAUACCAAUAAUAAUAUACUGAACGAAGAAAUAUCACAAACGCUGGUUAUGAGGGGCGCAGGAGCCGCUGCAUUCUGCUAAACUUGUUAAACGUGGUUGUACAGAAAAAAAGCAGAAGUGCCGAUAUCAUCGCGGAUGUGGGUUAGAUAUUUUAAUUAACUGAUCUUGCUUAGCGGGGUGUCACCAGCCCGGCCUGCAGCAGCAAUGAACCCGGAGGAGCAGACGGUCACCUGGCUCAUAUCCUUGGGGGUUUUGAAUUCACCCAAAAAAAUCAUUGCGGACCCAGAGGAUUUCUUAAAAUCGUGCUUGAAAGAUGGCGUGGUGCUCUGCAAACUCAUGGAGCGGCUUGUGCCGGAGUCUGUACAAAAGUUCUGUCAGGAACCGAAAAGCGAGGCAGACUGCCUGACCAACAUACGAGAGUUUCUGAAAGGCUGUUCAGCGUUAAAAAUCGAGGGGUUUGAAGCAGAAAACCUGUAUGCAGGGGAGAACUUCGGCAAGGUGCUCAAUACACUUCUGGCUGUCAACAUUGCCACACAGGAUCGAAUAGUAGAAAGAUCAUGUCAACGCUCCAACUCGCAAAGUCAUAGCCAGACUGCCAGCUCCCAGAGUGCAUUGUCUUCCAGAACCACCAAGUCUUUGCGCAGACAAUCAAAAAACGGGGAAAUGACGGAGAACGGGGGUCAGCAGCAGGCAGUGGUGAAGGCCCGGUUUAACUUUAAGCAGAAUAACGAGGACGAGCUUUCCUUCUCCAAGGGCGAUGUGAUCUGCGUGACGCGCAUGGAGGAUGGCGGCUGGUGGGAGGGCAACCUGAACGGGAAAACGGGCUGGUUCCCCAGUAACUACGUCAGAGAGAUCAAAUCUUCAGAUAAACCUGUAUCUCCCAAGGCUCUGAAGGGAUUCGACACACCUCAGCUUACAAAGAAUUAUUACAAUGUGGUAGUGCAGGAUAUCCUUGAAAAUGAACGCGAGUAUUCAAAAGAGCUUCAGACUCUGCUCACCAGCUACCUGAGGCCCCUGCAGUCCAGUGAGAAGUUGGCUACAGCAGAUGGCAUUUGUUUAAUGGGGAACUUGGAAGACAUUUUCACUUUUCAGCAGAGUAUUUGUCAAACAUUGGAAGAAUGUACAAAGCUCCCGGAAGCUCAGCAGAGGUUAGGUGGCUGUUUGCUGAACCUGAUGCCUCAGAUAAAGAGCCUGUACCUGGCAUACUGCUCGAACCACCCCUCUGCAGUCUGUGUGCUCACUGAUCACAGUGAUGAGUUGGAUAAGUUUAUGGAGAGCCAGGGUGCCAGCAGCCCUGGGAUUCUCACCCUGACCACCAGUCUGAGCAAGCCUUUCAUGAGGCUGGACAGGUACCCCACCCUGCUGCAGGAGCUGGAGAGACACGUUGAGGAGGCCCAUCCUGACUACAGUGAUAUCCUGAAAGCAAUAGCAGCGUUCAAAAAUCUUGUGACGCAAUGCCAGGAUCUCCGCAAACGAAAAAACCUGGAGCUCCAGAUCCUAUCGGAGCCGAUCCAAGGCUGGGAAGGGGAGAACAUGAGGUCCUUGGGCACCGUCCUGUACAUGUCGCAGGUCAUGGUGCAGAGCGGGUCGAGCGAGGAUAAAGAGGAGCGAUACUUCAUGCUGUUUCCCUCUGUUCUUCUGAUGCUCUCUGCCAGCCCGCGCAUGAGUGGGUUCAUAUACCAGGGAAAAUUGCCAUUAACGGGGAUGACUGUGACCAAACAGACUGACGACAGCGAGACAAAUCAAUAUGCCUUUGAAAUCACAGGGAACAUGAUUGAGCGCAUCACAGUGUGCUGCUGUAACCAACAGGAGCUGCAGGAGUGGGUGGAGCACUUGCACACUCUCACCAGAGGGGGCAGUCCAGGAGGAACAAUAGUAAAGAAUGUGGAAGGGAGGUCGAGCUCUGCUGUCAGCACUCCCUCCCACCAGACCUUCUCUCAGGUGUUCAGCGCCUCCAGCCGAGGCCCCCUGGAGCCCCCGAAGAUCGCCAAGCCCUGGUCCCUGAGCUGCCUGCGACCGGCACCCCCGCUCAAGCCCUCCGCCGCGCUGGGAUACAAGGAGAGGAUGUCUUAUAUCCUGAAGGACUCCGGUAAAAGCCCCCGAACAAUGAAAAAGUUUCUUCCCAAGAGAAAAACAGAAAGAAAGACAUCAUCUGAUGAUGAAUUUCUGCUCAGGAAAAGCACCGCAGCUCUUGAGGAAGAUGCCCAGAUUCUGAAGGUCAUCGAAGCCUACUGCACUGGAGCCAGCUUUCAUCACACCAUCAGCUCCACUUCUCGAAAAGAGCCUGUUCCACAGGUGCUACUGCCUGAAGAGGAAAAAAUAAUUGUUGAGGAAACCAAGAGCAAUGGUCAGACUGUCAUAGAGGAAAAGAGUCUUGUUGAUGCUGUUUAUGCUUUAAAGGACGAGGUACAUGAACUAAAGAAGGAAAAUAAAAGAAUGAAGCAGUGCUUGGAGGAAGAGCAGAGGUCUCGUAAGGAGUUGGAGAAAGUUGUGAGGAAAAUGGUGAAGCAGAAGAAUGACUGCACCUGGGAGGACACCAGCCAUUAACUCCGCUGUCCCCGCGGUGGUGUGUCUGUGUGUGGGUGUGUAUGUCUGUGUGUGUGUGUGUUUGUGUCUGUCUGGGUCUGCUCGAUUUCUUUGAAAGCUGCUGGCAGUUUCAGCGGAUUAACGUUUUCAAAAGGGGAAUUACUGGGAAGUGAAACUGGAUGGAAGUGCCACUUUCUGACAUUCCCUGUGCUCUGCAUUGGAAAUUUUGAGUUUUUUGUUUUUAUCUUUUUUUUUUUUUUUUUUUUUUUUUCAGUUGGGGACGGGGGGGUAUAGAUUCGGUUUGAAAUGAGAAAAAAAAACAAGUGUUAUUACAGACAAACAAAAUAUUUUGCAAGGUUGCAAUGUGGUUUCUCUCUCUCUCUCUCUCUCUCUCUCUCUCUCUCUCUCUCUCUCUCUCUCUCUCUCUCUCUCUCUCUCUCUCUCUCUCUCUCUCUCUCUCUCUCUCUCUCUCUCUCUCUCUCUCCUCUCUCUCUCUCUCUCUCUCUCUCUCUCUCUCUCUCUCUCUCUCUCUCUCUCUCUCUCGUCAUAUUGAAUGAAAUACCUCAUUCGCUUCAGUCUCUGACUUGAACUUUGCAGUAAAUUACAUUGGAAUUCCUGCCUUGCAACUCUUCCAUUCGCCCUUCUGGGUGCUCAGAAGAAGCUGUCUGCAUGGUCCACUACUGAAGCAAAAUAGAGAGUGUAACCAGUGCCUUCUGUCAUUCUCACUUUCUGAAAAAUCUGUGAAACCAGGGGCCGGAGAGCUAUUGGGUGCCUUUGAAGACUUGUGUUGUAAAAGCCAUCUAAAUGUCAAUGCAUCAAAUGAUGCAAAGUGCCAGCAGUGCUCCUGGGGAAAUACGCAAAUGCAUGCACAGCUUUUUAGAUAGGAGGUACAAAGUAGAAGUUUCAGCCCUUCCAGGAUCCAGUCGAGGUCCUGCAUUGGGCUGUUGGGAGUCCACCGGACUUGACGGUUUUAAAAUCCUGCAAGCAGCUGUUUGAACUGGCUUCUGAUUAUGUGGUCUUUAUAUAUAUAUAUAUAUAUAUAUAUAUAUAUAUAUAUAUAAAUAUAUAUAUAUAUAUAUAACUGUUGUUCUCUUGUUAUUGUUUACUGUUGUAAAAUGUUAUGACAGCUUGCUUAAUGUUCAAAAAACUAUCCCACUGAUCCGAAACACCUUCUGCUCCAAACUGUACUGCAAAGGCUUUGUUAAAUGCGGUUCAUUUUACCAUGUGUUUUGGUGUUAUUUUUUAAAUGUAUCUAUAUCGCUCAAUCCUGCGUGUGUGUGUGUGUAUUUGUACAGUAUAUGGUGGGUAGUGAUGAACAUAAUUUAUGUUUUGCAGUCCUUUUGUUGAAUCCACAAAGCUGUCAGGGAUAUCUAUUAAUCUAAUAUAAAUGUAUAGAAUAAAAACUAUAGAAACGGGCAAACAAAUAUGUACAUUCUUUUUAUAUACCAAAAAAAAGCUCUUUCUGCUAUUCUUUAUUUGAAGAUAAUCCAGAAAUAAAUAAAACUUGUCCUAUUUAUUUUUCAUUAAUAUUAUACCAUUUUCAAAAUAUUCUUGGUACUCUCGUGAAUUGUGCUGGUAUUGGGGUAGCGAUAUGGGUUUUCUUGCUCGCUGUGGCGACUGCCUUACAGAUGCUAAUUCUCCUCUUUAGACCAGCAUCUCCUCUGAGCUGUACACGGUCAGGUGUCUGGUGAAUGCACACCAUGCAUAAGCCUGCAGGGCUCGACCCCACUGCCUUCCACCCUGCACUUCAGCCAUGAAACCACUGCACUGCAUCUGUCCCCACACUGUAAACAAACCACAGUCUAAACAAGCAAACAGAAAUGUCAUUCCCCGAUACGCACAAGCGUCCGACCGUUGGGUACUUGAUGAACUGCUGGGCUAUUUUUGUUUUUUAGCAGGGUGACCCUUGCAUUGCUGGAGGACGCGUACGGUUCUGCAGUAAAUAAAUAAAAUGGAACAUCUUUACAGACUGCUCCGUUGUAGCCAUGCAGUCUUAUAUCUGUUUAAAUCAGGAUGUAAAUGAAUGUGUGUGUUUGGGUUUAUAACCCUCCAGUGCUGGAUGGGUUUAGUGGGAAUUCACUCUAAUCUGCAGCUUUUUUUAUUAUUUACAAGUUUACUGUUUGCAGAUGUAUGCUAUGCAAUAUUAUUAUAAAUAUUAUUUUCUGACCGCUCUUAAUUGUUAUGAUUGAGUAAGGCAUUUCUUUUAAUAAAAAAAAAACUAUAAAGAAA